AUGAAAUUAAAAAGGGCAUUACCCAAAAAGUCCAAUAGCCUAAAUAACAGUCAGCAAAUUCAACCAUCAAAUAAAAUUGAACUCUAUAAGCAUUCUAGGAAAUUAAAUUUUAGCAUUAACUCUUACAGAGUACAUAAUUUUCGUAGCAAUGGCUCUCUAACGACAUUCCUUGACGGACAAGUCAAUGAGAGAUUCGGUAUUGAGUUCUCCAGAAUACUAGAGAAAACUUAUUACAUCAUUAAAGAGAACAUGCUUGAGCCGAUUUCAUAGUAGAAUCAAGAGCAAUAAGAGUCAAAGAUAUUCAUAUUCAAUUAGAGCAUUAUGAGUACUUGUGAAUUGAUAAGUUUGUACUCAAAUAUAAAUACUCAAUGCAUCGAAGAAGGUAAAAGAAUAAAGAAGAGAGCAAAUCGAUAUUUGGUCAAGCUAACUAAAAUACUAAUAGAAAUAAAGAACACUCUACAGCAGAUCAAGAUUAGAGUGCCAAGUGAUCACUUGAAUAUUGGGGAUUUCGGAGAGCAUCUUAUGGUUAGCUUCUGGAUGGUGUAUGCUUCAGAAGAAAUAACUGAAAUCAGUACACAGGUUAUUUAUGCUAUGCCCAAUUUACCCAGAAUCGUACUAGAAGAUUAAACUGUUCACUAAAUGGAUCACCUACUUGAACUGAUAACAGAUUUUAAGAAAACUGUUGAAUUAGGUAGUAAGCCAUGCAAAUGCUGUUGUAGGAGAACUAGUUGCUGGUUCUUUUAUAAUGGAAUAUUUGGAACUCUGCAAUAAAUGAGAUUUAUACUUGAGAAAAAUUUCGAUGGAAGACACUUUAUGAUCAAAUCUCAUUAUGAUGAUACUCUCAUUGAUGCAAUGUUUUUCCCUGCUAGUACCGAGAAGACCCUUGUUAAAGAUGAGUUAUAGAAAUCAAUGAUUAAGCCAUAAUACUUGACCAUGCCUACUGUAAUUAUGUGUAAUCCAAAUGCUUUCUUCUAUCAGCAUAUGGUUUCUUAGCCAAACGCAUUUUGGCUGAAUUUUUUCCUCAAAAAAGGAAUAAAUGUUAUCGGUUGGAAUUAUAGGGGCUAUGGAAGCACUAAAGGAACUCCAACUCCAUAUAACAUUAAGAUAGAUGGUGAAUCAGUUUUACUAUUCUUAAUAAAUGAGUUAUAGCUUCAAGGAAAACUAGGAGUUUAUGGAAGAUCUCUUGGAGGUGUUGUUGCGUGCCACAUAGCAGCAACCUUUCCAUAGAAAAUUGAACUUCUAAUGGCUGAUAGGACUUUUGGAUCAUUAAAGAAUCUUAGCCUAAGAAAAUUUGUAGGUGGAGGCACAUCUGGGUUAUUUGACAUCAUAACUUUUUAAUGGCAAUCAAACAAUCAUGUCAAUUAUGCUAAUGUAAAUAUACUUUCUAAACCAAUUUAGGCUAAAUGCUUUAAAAUUGCUACAUGCGAUCCAAAGGAUGAAGUUGUGGAUGAAUACUCAAGUAAAAGAGAUGAAUUCUUCAGAAACCUAUGUCUUACAUUUGUGAUUGAGAAUUACUUUUUUAACAUAAGGCAAGAAAAAAGGAAUAUGAUUGAUACUUCAGCGAAGGAUUAGAAAUCAAGAUAGAAAGCUUACUAAGUGAAGGGCAAGAAUGGUAAAUAAACUGAUAUGAUGGAUAUUAAUCUAGAGGAGAACUUUUUCAAUAUCAACUUUUCAAAUAAGGGUACAAUUACUUCCACUGAUCAUAAGUCAGGUACCUCAGCUUCAGCGGCAUCCUCAAAGCUCAAUUCAAAAAAUUUCAGUAAAUUCAAGAGUAAAAUCCUAUCAGAAAAUGAACUCAAUUUUGACAUGAUGAUAAAGUUGAUUAAAUAAGAGUAAAGCUGUUUUUCAGAGGCAAUUAUUGAAAGGCUCCGAAUACUCAUCUUGCUGCUAAAUGAAUUUUCAGGUGGAAUCACAAAGCUUGGAUCAGUCUGCAGCUACAAUCGAAUGCAGCAAAAAAAUGAUUUUGAGGUAUAUACUUAUAGGCUUAUUUAAUUUAGAUUUUUCUGGGUCAAUUAUUUUGUUUGGGAUCUAGUUAUGAAAUUGGGGAUGCAUCAUAAGUCUUCGUCAUAUAGACCUAAAGAGAAAAAUCAAAGGGCAAUAAUGGAUUAAUUGACAAGUGAAGAGAACUCAACCUAAUUAAAUGAUUUUCUAAAUCUGUUGAUGACUAAUCUUAAUGAAAAAUUCGAGAAACUCUAUGAAUUCCUGAUUGAAUUAGUAAGAACAAAUAAAGUUAGUUAUGAGCAUAUUGGGUAUUUAGUGCCUCUUAAAUGUGGUCAUAAAGGAAGACCAAAUAGAGCCGAGGAAAAACUGCUAGAAAAUGUAUUAAGAGAGAGCAAUUUCGUUUACAAUCCAUUCUUGAAUAGAUUCGUUUCUGAAGCUGACAAAGCCAGAUAGGAAUAGGCAUUAGUAAUUGAGAUUGAGUAAGUAAGAGUAGAGUCUAUGUCUGAAUAGAAGAAACACAAGAAAGUCUAAAACAACAAAUUAACUGGGAAGGAACUUGAUGAUAUUCAAUUAGAAAUCGAAGAGGAAGAUAAAGACAAUUCAAAAGGAGGAGCAUUUAAUAUUAAUAACAUCGAAGAGUACGAUAGCACUCAUAAAAAGCAGAAUUUAUACGGUGAAAAUAGUCUUACUAAGGUUGCAAGAGUACAUAAAAAUGCCAAUAUGAGUAGGACAAUGAGUAACAUGCAUAUUUCUGAUGAUAACUUCGAUGUUGCUAAAAUAGCUAACUACCAAAUGGAAAUACCAAGGGAAAUGUCCUACAAUGAAGAUAUGAAUUUGAGUGGAUUUAAGAACAAAUUAAAAAUCAGAAGAGUUUGA